AUGGAGUCAGACAAGAAAGGCAUCUGGCCAGCUGAAGAGGUUUUGGCUUACUACUGCCUCAAGCACAGUAGUAUAUUCAGGGACCUUGCUGUGUGUGAGCUAGGGGGUGGCAUGACAUGCUUGGCUGGGCUCAUGGUUGCUAUUUCUGCAGAUGUCAAAGAAGUUCUGUUAACUGAUGGGAAUGAAAAGGCCAUCAGAAAUGUGAGAGACAUCAUCGCAAGGAAUCAGAAGGCUGGUGUGUUUAAGACUGGGAACCUAUCAAGCUGCGUUUUACGAUGGGAUAAUGAGACAGAUGUCUCUCAACUGGAAGGACAUUUUGACAUUGUUAUGUGUGCUGACUGCCUAUUUCUGGACCAGUACAGAGCCAGCCUUGUUGAUGCAAUAAAGAGAUUACUCCAGCCCAGGGGGAAAGCAAUGGUAUUCGCCCCACGCCGAGGGAAUACUUUAAACCAGUUUUGCAUUCUAGCUGAAAAAGCUGGUUUCUCUAUCCAAAGACAUGAAAAUUAUGAUGAACACAUUUCAAACUUCCACUCCAAGUUGAAAAAGGAAAACCAGGAUGUAUAUGAAGAAAAUCUUCAUUUCCCACUUCUGCUUAUUUUAACCAAAGAUGGAUAGAAGCUUAAACAGCUCGAAAGAUGAAGACAACAUCAAGUGCACAGGCAAUACUUUCACAAAAGCAGAAAUCUGUAGUGGGUAUAAUAUGCAGCAAGCUGUUGGCUCCCUGAGAUUUUUAAACCCCCAGGACGUGGGCCCCUGCCACCUCUGAGACAUUCCAUGUGUGGGUUAUGGGGUCCACCUGUCCUCACCCACGUGACUCUCCAGCCAUCCUAGACUCCUCUUUUUUGCCUCCCCUGUUGCUCUUUCUGCACCAAACCUUUGUCUUUAAAUAUGUAUAAGCAGCCUAUGUGAGCUUUGAAUGGGACUUGUAAGCCACCCAAAUAUUUUUCCCUCUCAGAUUGAGAGAGAAUUUCUUUUGGUGAUUCAUAUCCCAUCCCACCCCACUCCCUUUAGAAAAUAUCCUGGUCUUUGUUGUAUUUUUAGUGAUGGUCGUUUUUCAUCUGUCAAACCAGCAAACAUGAUGAUUCUUUCCUAGUUAAAAAAAUAAAUAAAACAAAUCUU